AUGAGCACCGAGAGCAAGACAAUACUCAUCACCGGAGCUGCAGGCUUCAUCGGCCAGCGCCUCACGGCUGCUCUCCUCGCCAAACACCCCGAAUACCGGCUCGUCAUCACAGACAUCGUGGCCCCGUCCAUCCCACCAGGCAUGCAGAAUGCAGACAAAGCAGUCCCCAUCCAAGCCGACCUAAGCGACCCGGCCUCACUCGCAAGUCUGAUCGCCGCGUCGCAACCCCUGGAAGCCGUCUUUGUUUUUCACGGGAUCAUGUCCUCCGGCUCCGAGGCCGACCCGAGCCUGAGCCUCAAGGUAAACCUCGACGCGACGCGUGCGCUGCUGCUCAAGCUGUCGGAGACGAACAGGGGCGUCCGCGUCGUCUACGCGUCCAGCCAGGCUGUCUACGGCUCGCCGCUACCCGAUGUCAUCACGGACGCGGUGACGCCGACGCCUGCAGGCGUGUACGGCACGCACAAGCUCAUGACCGAGGCGUUCAUCAACGACCUGCACCGCCGGGGCCUCAUCGACGCCUUCUCGCUGCGCUUCCCCACCGUUUCCGUCCGCGCGGGCAAGCCGACGCAGGCGGCGAGCUCGUUCCUGUCGGGCAUCAUCCGCGAGCCCAUGAACGACCAGGAGUGCGUCGUCCCCAUCAAGGACCGGAGCUACCGGGCGGUGCUGUCCGGGCCGGGGACCCUGAUCGAGAACCUGCUGCGGGUCCUGAAGCUGCCGAGCGACUCCCUGCCGCCUCAUAUCCGCUGGAUGAACUUCCCUGGUAUCUCGGUGACCGUGCAGGAGCUGCUGGACUCGUUGGCAAAGGUUGGCGGGCAGGACCGGCUCAAGUAUAUCAAGGAGGAGACAGACGUCGAGAUGGAGAGAAUACUGAGGACCUGGCCUUUGAGGAUAGACGAUUCGACCGCUGUGGAUCUCGGACUAAAGCGAGAUGAGAGCGCAGAGAGCCUGGUCAGGGAGUAUGCCGAGUCGAUUGGGAAGUAG